AUGUCACGACAUCAUCGGCCCUUUACCUGGGGCGGAGCACAACCGGGCGCGUCCUUUUCGAACCCUACCUCGCCGACUCUCGAAGCAAGCACCUUCGGAUUCGAGCCCAGCGUUCCAGACAUUUACAGGCGUGCUUGGAUCUUGGUGACCAAGGACGCCUCAGCUGAAUUGUUUGCUGACACUUCAGAUGCAGACAUUCAUCUGGGCCUUCUUCACAAGCUUCUCACCUCAGCCGGUGGCCUUGGUCCCGGCAGCGCAGAGCAGAUAGUCAACUCAGCUUGCAAGGGCUCACGGUGCUCGCGUUCCGACUUCUAUUGCGCGCUUGGGCUGCUUCACCAAAUGCAACAGGGUGAAGAGCUCGACGUCCACCUUGUACAGCAAAGAUUGACCAUGGGGAGUCUGAGUGCACCAGUCCUUGAUCUGUCCGAUGCGACGCUUAACCCGCAUUCUCAUCAUACCUUCCCACCGACAGCGCCGUCAGGCCCUUCGCGGAUUGAUCCACGUCCAUCAACAUUCAUGCGCGAGAUGUCGGAUCCGUGGAACGCAAACAGUAGCGGCAGCUACAACGGCAUUGAUACAAGGCCGGCAUAUAACCAAUACGAUGCAAUGCCGCAGCAGUAUGACACUUUGAAUAGCCACGACUCGGCCUUGCCCGCGGGAUUCGCAGGCAACGUCUCUUCAGGUUCUUUCGAGCGCAUCAAAUUCAAUGCAGGCGACGACAGACGGUCGCAUCAGCUCUUGGCUCACAACCAAGGCUCCUCCACAGACACAUUCCUCGCUCCAGAUCGCACAGAAGCGAGAGCUCGACAACCCAACACGCGGCAAGAACGUCCCUUCUCAUACAUGUCAGACACGGCCGAAACCAAUGCGGUAGAUGCGGCCGAGGAUCCUGCCGCUGACUUGCCCGAGGAUCAAGUGACGGUGCGGCUGCGCAGUGAAUUGGAAGGGUUUAUUAUUAAGCACAAUGUCUACAUUGUUAGCUCGAGUCUGCGCAAAUCUCAAGUCACCAGGCGAUACAGCGAUUGGCUUUGGCUGGCAGAGUGCCUGGUCAAGAGAUAUCCCUUCCGGUGCCUGCCUGUUCUACCGCCCAAGCGGAUUGCCAUGCCCAUCGCCGGUCGUCACCUCAGCGCGGAUGACUUGUUUAUAGAGAGGCGUAGGCGCGGGCUCGAACGCUUCCUCCGCAUGCUCACGUGCCAUCCGAUGCUGCGCGAAGAUAAACUGGUCGAGGUGUUUUUCACAGAACCUCGUCCAAUCGCCGAGUGGAAGAGCUCGGCACCGGCCCUCUUCCUCGAUGAGGAGGGCCUCAUCAAGACCGUCGAUGAAGCGGAACGCAUGAGCAUUCCUGAGGACCUGCAACUCAAGCUAACACAGCAACGUCAAGCUAUUCCGGAGUUGCUGGAGCGAUGGACCGCCAUGGUGGCGCUGUUUGAGCGCAUCGUCAAACGCAACGACGCGGCUGCAGCCGAUUAUUCGCGGCUCAACUUUUCGCUCCUCUCCGUCAUCGAGACAUCGGCCAGACGCUGGAGACCGGGCAGCGAUAAUGGUAAGAAGACGGAAGAAAUCAUGUCUACGAUGGCGUCCAUCUUCCAAGAUCACUCAGACACAACGUCUUCGCGCGUCUCUGCAGUGUCUUUAUCUACACUGGAAGGUAUGAAGGCACAGCGUGAUCUGAUUCUCUCGUUCCGCGACUUGAUCGGUCGCAUAGAUCGCCAGCUGGUGGAUCCAAUCGAUAUGCUCAAGAAACGCAUCGAGGCAUCACAAAAGAGGAUUACCACGCUUGCAGCUUCGGCGAACAGUAACAGUGCGAGUAUACAGCAAGAACAGGCUACGCUGUCCGCCCAAGUCAAGCAGGAUACCCAGUCGAUUCAGAAGUACCUCAACCGACGCAUCCACGCCAAAAAGACGGUCUGGGAGGAGCUCAUCUGGUUCCACCACAGAUUCAAAGCGGUCGAAGAGGACAUGCAAAAGUUCGUUCGCGAUGAAACUUUUUUCCUUUCGACGUUGACAAGGAUGUGGGAAGCGACCGAAAUGAAGAUGAAGAUGAUCCGCUGA